UAUAUUUUUCUAGGCAUGUUCCAAGAUUCGUGAAAAGACUUUCCUGCGAUGCCAAACCUUUUUGGAAGGUCUAGUCCGUUCGACGAAGCUGUGGACAAGAUCUGUGACAUCGGCACCGAAAAUGACGACUGGCAACUUAUUAUGAAUCUUUGCGACAAUGUUAACACUACAGCCAACGGACCAAAACUCAUGGUAAAAGCUCUUGUAAAGAAAAUCAAAAACGCUGAUCAUAUGGCUCUUGAACAUGCAGUAACGUUAUUGGACGCCUGUGUGAAUAAUUGUAAGCGACCAUUUCAUCUGGAAUUAUGCACAAGAGAAAUUCUGAAUGACCUUAAACAGUAUCUCCAGAAGAACCGUACUCCCACUAAGGGAGUGAAUAAUCUAAAAGAGGCGAUGGUCAAAUGGUCGAAAGCCUUUGGAGAGGAUCCUCAGCUGUAUUUAUUGAGUGUUACUGUCAUGAAUUUGAAGGGGGAAGGUGUAGUGUUUCCCACGGACACCACAAAUGCUCCCCCAGUCAACCUCCCUGGCCCACCGACCUCCUCUAGCAGACAGGCUUGUGAAAGUGAAGAAGACAUGAUCAAGAAGGCAAUAGAGUUGAGUCUAAAGGAGACUCAGGGUAAGUCUGGUGGUGGAGCUUCAGGUUCAUCGCUCUACCCUUCCUUUACAGCCGAUAAACCUCUGAGCACAGACCGGGAGCUCUUCAAGGUGAAAGCACUUUACGAUUUUGAGGCUGCCGAGGAAAACGAGAUUACAUUUAAAGCAGGUGAUAUGGUAUCAGUUACAGACAACUCUGAUCAGAACUGGUGGAAAGGAAGAACGCCCUCCAGUGCAGGAAUGUUCCCCGCUAAUUUUGUCACCAAACAGCUCGACUCUCCGCCUGAGCCCUCUCCUGUCGCUCAACCUCAGCCCGUUAAAGUUACAGAAGUGAAUCCACAGCAGAUUGAUCUGCUGUUGGAAAUGUUGAGGAAGGCUGAUGCAACUGUAACAAAUGAGGAAGAGGAUAAGUUUAUCGCCGAGUUAGAGGAAUCAAUCGCCCAACAACAGCCUCUUGUUGAAGCAGAGUAUAGCAAGCUGAAGGGUAAACAUGAGGAAUUGGAGUCAAUCAAUGACGACAUGUCCCGUGUCGUGGGACUGUUCCACAAAUUACUGAAAGAAGCUCCUCCUGUACAGCCCGUACAAGCCCCUCAGCCUAUCAGAUAUUCUUAUCAGCCUGUUCAACCUCAACCAGUUCCUCCCAUGCCACAAGGCCAGGGAGCUGGGGGUGCUCCUGACCAACGGCAUUAUGCUCCUCCUACAUCACAGAUGUACAAUGGUCCCUCCCAGUAUGAUGUUGCAUUCAACCCUCACCCUAAUAACAUGCAGCCUGGACCACCGCCACCUGGUAACUAUAGCUCAGCUUCUCCACCUCCUAGUUACCACCAACCUCCUCCACAGGGCUCCCAUCAGCCUCCUCCACAGGGCUCCCACCAGCCUCCUCCACAGGGCUCCCACCAGCCUCCUCCACAGGGCUCCCACCACCCUCCUCCACAGGGCUCCCACCCGGGCUACUAUCCUGUUUAUCCGGGACAACAAAAUAUCCAGCCUCCUGUUUACUCUCAACCAGCUCCUCAAUUUACAUCGCAGCCUAAUAUUGCGCAUGUGUCCCCCAUGGCGCAAUCGGGGGCAACUGGCACGUCCAUGCAAUGACCCUUAUGAUACUGUUUGAGUCCCUGUUUGGGACCCCAAACUCCUCAUUUCCUAUUUGACAAAUUCUCCUAUUUGACAGUUUAUUUCCUAACAGUAACAACCUUUGAACAUAAUAAACCGAUUAAGUUUUAUGACUUAAGAUUUGAAAGAUGAUCGUACCAAAAAUUGGGACCGAAAUUAUGAACCCAGUUUCAGACUUCUAGAUCUUUUACUUGGGAUUAUAUUGUUUCUAAAUCUUUUCGUAGAUGUCUUUUAUUGUUCUGGAUGUGCAAUGAAAUCUAUAUUUAAACCCUGCAUUUACCGAACACUGUUUCUUUCCCAGUAAAUUGAGGUUUGACUGCACUGAUUUGCAGUUUAUGUUGAAAUCGGUUGAAAAACGGAGGUUCAAUUUUAAAGCUUUAGAUAAUAGAUAUGGUUAGAGUUAAUGAAAGUUUAGACUUAGAAAGAUCUACCAUAAUGAUAUUUAACGAUUUAAAUUAACGGUCAAUUACUUUUUGGAACCUCUAAUUAAAGAUCCUAUCGUGCACAAAGUUCGUGUUAUUUGUGACACUCAUUCAAGGCCCAUCAAUUGUUUAACCUCUUUUCAUAAGUCAUUUAGAUCUGAAUAUCUUGGUAUUUUUUCGAAGGAUAUAAUGAUGGGGUGUUAGAUUGUUAACAUGAUUUAAGGGGGGUAUACCCCCUGAUUUAAGAGGCGGGACCUUUUAUAACGCGAGUUUAGUUUUGUUUUAAGAGACUCGCAACAUGAAUAUAAUGAGUAAAAAUUUCCGAGACGUCAUCUUAAUGAUAAUGUUGUGAUCUGUUAAAAUUGUAAAAUUUGUGUAAAUUUGCUGAUUUUCUAGUCUAAAAUUGAAAUGUUUCAUGGUCUCGUUUCUUAC